UAAAUAUCCCCAUUGAUGAUGUCCAUGUGGCAGACCGGUGAUGCUGAGUUGCGGUUUCCGUCGUUUGUUUCCUUUGGCGAGUUUUUCGCGAGGUUUCUCCCCAAAACACUUUGAAUUGUGUGUUGUAAGUUGCUAUCCCUCUUGGAGUAGUAGGAACUCAUCUAGAAAGGCGGAACCUCUUGUUGAUCGCCUAAAAGACGUAAAGAAAUCAGCUGCAAUGGCCGGUCAAGUGGACGGGGAGGUAGACAUCGAAACUGUGCUCGCUCCCCUGCGAGCCUCCGUGAAAGAGCAGGGUGAUCUGGUGAGGAAGAUGAAGGAAGGUGGUACCCCUGACCAUGAUAUCAAGAGAGCCGUGGUAGAACUAAAGGCGAGGAAGAAAGCCUUGGAGGAGAAGGAGCUUGCUCUGACGUCUAAGGGUGUGAAAUUUGACCGCACCAAGAUGGAAGACACUCUUAAAAGGCGAUUUUAUUAUGAUCAGUCUUAUGCCAUAUAUGGAGGUGUGAGUGGGUUGUAUGACUUUGGGCCUGUAGGAUGUGCCAUGAAAGCAAACUUCAUCAAUAUAUGGAGGAAUCAUUUCAUCAUAGAAGAAGGCAUGCUGGAGGUUGACAGUGCUGUGCUAGCUCCAGAAAAUGUCUUUAAAGCAUCAGGUCACGUUGAUCGAUUUGCGGAUUUCAUGGUAAAAGAUGGCAAGACUGGAGAAUGCUUUCGGGCAGAUCAUCUCAUUCAAUCCUACCUUGAGAAGUUGAUAGCAGGCAAGAAGACCACCGAGGAGCAGAAGAAGGAAUACCAGGCCGUGAUUGCCCAGCUGGAAACCUACGGUAAAGACGAGUUAACAGAGCUAUUCAGAAAGUAUCAGGUGAAGUCACCGACCACGAACAACGAGCUCUCAGAUCCCAUGGAGUUCAACCUCAUGUUCGCCACCGCCAUCGGACCCGCUGGAAACAUGCCUGGUUACCUAAGGCCAGAGACUGCUCAGGGUAUAUUUGUUAACUUCAAGCGUCUUCUAGAAUUCAACCAAGGUCGUCUACCCUUCGCUGCUGCUCAAAUCGGCAAUGCAUUCCGUAAUGAAAUCUCCCCAAGAUCUGGCCUACUUCGUGUUAGAGAAUUCACCAUGUGCGAGAUAGAGCAUUUUAUAGACCCAUCCGACAAGGAUCAUCCCAAGUUUGACACCGUCGCCAACCUCUCCGUUCCUCUCUUCCCUGUUGAUCGGCAGGUCAACGGCCUCUCCCCCAUCACCAUGACGAUAGGAGAAGCAGUUGAAAAGGGUAUGAUCAAAAGCCGUGUCUUGGGCUACUUCUUGGGUAGGACCUUCCUCUUCAUGACAAAGGUUGGCAUAGAUCCUAAGAAACUCAGAUUCCGUCAGCACAUGUUCAACGAGAUGGCUCAUUAUGCAUGCGAUUGUUGGGAUGCUGAGACCAAAACAUCGUAUGGUUGGGUGGAGUGUGUUGGCAAUGCUGAUAGAUCUUGCUUUGAUCUCACAUGCCACGCCAAGCACAGCAAGGUCCCUAUGGUAGCUGAGAAGAGACUAGCUGAACCAAAGACCAUUGAUGUGACCGAAGCUGCCCCUGUGAAGAGCGUGAUGGGAAAAGCAUUCAAGAAAGAAGCAAAGGUUGUAAUGGAACAUCUCACCAGUUUAGAGCCUGAUCAACUGACAGGUUUAGAGAAAGCUCUUACUGAAAACGGUGAAACAACUGUGGAGGUGAAUGGAAAGAGCUUCAAACUAACUCCCGAUAUGAUUGCAGUCAAAAGAUAUCAGAAGACAGUUCAUGUGGAGGAAUUUACCCCCAGCGUCAUUGAACCAUCCUUUGGAGUGGGGCGUAUCUUGUACUCCAUUCUUGAACAUAACUUCAAAGUGAGGGAGAAUGAUGAACAGAGAACGUAUUUUACUCUUCCACCAAUCAUCGCUCCAUACAAGUGCUGUGUCCUGCCGCUCAGUACCAACAAAGAGUUUGAGUCUCUUGUGAAAAGACUAGCCCAAGAUCUCUCCAAUGCCAGUAUAUCCCACAAGGUUGAUAGUAGCUCAGGGUCAAUAGGUCGUCGCUAUGCCAGGACAGACGAGAUCUCUGUGCCUUUCUGCAUCACAGUGGACUUUGAUUCAUUGAAGGAACCACACACCGUCACCCUCAGAGAUAGGGACACACUGGAACAAGUCAGGGCUCCGGUCACCGAUGUCGCUUCUAUCAUCCAGGAUCUCUCCAGUGACAAGAUCAGAUGGUCCGAUGUUCUUGCAAAGUAUCCCAAGUUCGAAGGGCAACAAGAAAAAGAGUGAUGAUCGUCCCAUUCAACUAGAAUUAUAAUUUUCUGUGUUGAUCCUGUAAUAUUGAUAGUUGGUCAGAUAGGACACUCCUGCCACUACAAAAUUAUUUCCUUGGCUUCAGCAUGGCUACCCUAGCCUGAUAGAGCACUCAAGCAUUCAAGAAAUCCCUUCCUGCUGGGUACCCAGCCGCUUCACCUGGGUGGAGAGUGGCAAAUGUAGAUAAUGCCUUGCCAAAGGAGGUCGAUGCUGUUGUGGGAUUUGGACCCUAGACCUAAUGGUUCAAAGCCCACUACCUUAUCCUUUGAACCAUAAUUACUUGACAUUGAUUUAUGAAGCCUAAGCUACAUUAUCUGUAGUGGCUCUAGCCUAGGGUUACACAGUAAACUUGGCUAUAGCAAUGACCACUUUAUAAGGUUCAACUGUCUAGAAACACUUUGUUUCAUUUGAAUAGUAUUUCAUAUCAGAGCAUACAACUAUUACCCUAUCUGAUUAGGCACUUAUAACAGGUAUUUCUUAAUGCAUUUAUGCUUUUAUAAGUUACAAUAUUAAAGUUUAAUUGAAAGGAAAGUUGGUGA